CAGGCUAGAGGUUCGAGAUUCAGAUUCGAAAUUCCGAGGAUCGGUCCGCGUUCAUUUCUCGCCACUUUUCGCCCGCACAUUCGGCAGUUCCGUUACGUGAGUGCAGUUGCACAGAGCCAAAGAUACAAAGAUACAGAGCCGAAAGACACAGAUACACGGCAACAACAUUUCUCGGUUUGUUUUGCGCAACUUUUUUAUUUUUCGGUGACCAGCGUGAAAAGCCCGAUGCAAGAUACGAAUUCGAAAAGAAGUGCGUAUUUGUUGUGAUUUGUUUUUGUUCGGUGUUCAAGUGGCUGUUGUUUUCCAAAGACGACUGAUCGCCAGCCAUCAAUCAGGCCAUCAAUCAGUCAAUGCCGCUUGUCGCAAAUUGGAGCUGGAGUCGGAGCCGCUCUCCCUUCUCGGAGAAAGCCAACAGCGUCUGCCAAACGGAUUCGUCGCAGAAACAGAAACAGAUACAGAUAGAGAUACCUCAGAUACCUGGAACCUGAAACCUGGACAGGGGAUCCAAUACUCUAAUAGAUAGAUAUACUCGGUACUCGAUAUUCGUUACUCGAUAUUCGAGUUUGGUGUCUGUCUGCCUUUUGGCUAACUCAGUCAGUGAGUCAGACACUCGGACAUGCAGUCAUAGUUAUAGUCACGACUCCACAUCCACGUCGUCUUCGUUUUGGCUUUGCUUUUUGCGUUGUCGCCCGUCAGGUUCACAAAUAAGUGAAAGUGAAUUUGUUUAUUGUAUAUUUUGCUAUUACCAAAGCGAAAGAGACGCAUAACAUCCACAAUCGCAGAUUCAUUGAGUGAAAAAUAAGAGAAGCGAGACAUCGGAUGAAGAUCGUUAUAGAGCAGCCAGAACUACAAUCGAGAUGGGGAUGUUGAGUGCUAGCAAUAUAUUUCUGGCCCUGCUGAUAUGCCGCACGGCAAGUGCCCUCGCCCAGGAAGUGGCCAGUGGACUAACAGUGAGCUCAGCUCAGCCCUCGCCCGAGAAUUUCGCCCAACUAUCGCAGGCGGUCGAGGACUCCUUGGUGGAGUACGAGGAGCGUCAGCGGGAGCGAUUGCGUCGGGGUCACCGCACCCGAAGGGCGGUGAAACGGGUCUGCUAUGGCGAACUUGGCUGCUUCGAGGACUCCGGACCGUUUGCCUAUCUCGAGAUGCUGCCCUCGCCGCCGGAGGAGAUCAAUACCAAGUUCUAUUUCUACUCCACACGCCAGCGAUCCGAUCGUCCGCUGAUGGAGCUCUCAUUCCUGAACAUGACAAAUGCCUUUCGAGGCAAACGGGAUGCGGAGGUCAGCACCAGUUCACCCGAGGGCAGUGGCAGGUCAUCCUCCUCCUCUGCCUCCUCCGCCUCCGUCUCGAGUUCCACAAACUCCUCUGCUAGCUCCAUCCCUACCACAGAGCGUCCUGGAGGUGGUGGGCAGAAGAAGGCCACGCCUUCGAUCGAUGACCUCGAGGGAUUCGACGAGCUGUCCGUGCGGGUCAUUGUCCAUGGCUUUGGCUCGGCUUGUCCGCAUGUGUGGAUCUACGAGAUGAAAACGGCCCUCAUGGCGGUGGAGGACUGCAUUGUGAUCUGCGUGGACUGGGAGAACGGAGCCACAUUCCCCAACUACGUACGAGCGGCGGCCAAUACACGUUUGGUGGGCAAACAGCUGGCCAUGUUGCUGAGGAACCUCCAGCAGCACAAGGGACUCGACCUGAUGCGCACCCAUGUGAUCGGCUUCAGUUUGGGCGCUCACGUAUCGGGAUUUGCAGGCGCUGAACUGCCGGGACUGUCGCGGAUCACGGGUCUGGAUCCGGCGGGUCCGCUCUUCGAGGCCCAGCAUCCGAAGGUGCGACUGGACAGUAGCGAUGCGGAGUUCGUGGACGUGAUACACUCGAACGGCGAGAACCUGAUACUGGGUGGCCUCGGCUCCUGGCAGCCGAUGGGCCAUGUGGACUACUAUCCCAACGGAGGACGUGUGCAGACUGGCUGCUCGAAUCUCUUCGUGGGCGCAGUCACCGAUUUUAUUUGGUCUGCCCAGGCUGCCGAGGACGAGGAGGGUCGUUCGUUGUGCAACCAUAGGAGGGCCUACAAGUUCUUCAUUGACUCGGUGGCGCCACGUUGCCUGUUUCCCGCCUUUCCGUGCGGCAGCUACGAUGACUUCCUCAAGGGCCGGUGCUUUCCCUGCGCCCAGGACGACGAGGAUCUGGCCGAGGGCGUUCCGCGGUGCGGCAACAUGGGCUACUAUGCCGACCGAUCAACGGGCAGGGGUCAGCUGUACCUGCUCACCCGCGAGGAGGAGCCCUUCUGCGCCCACCAGUUCCAGCUGCAGAUCUUCAACUCCUUCAACGACCUGCCGCUGCGCACGAUAGGUCGCCUGGAGGCGAUCCUCGAGGGCGAUGGUGGUCUCAACGAGACCUUCGAGAUAUCCGAGAAAGACGAUGCGGAGUUCUUUGCCGGCGACAUAGUGUCCAAGAUAAUUGUGCCACAUCCGGCCCUGGGAUUCCCGACCACACUGAGCCUGCACUACAAGUCGUACAGCGGCUGGCUGAGCAAGGGCCUGCCCCACUGGGACAUCGAUAAGGUGGUGCUGACGGACAGCUUCGGGCGCAGCCACUCGCUGUGCCGCCCCUCGACGAAGCUGAGCAGCGGCAGUCCGGUGCGCCUGCGCCUUCAGGCGGGCAACUGUGAGCUGGACAACCAGGAGGACUACGGGGCGUACACCAAUCCCACGGUCUCGCCCACCGAGGCAGUGCCGGAUUCGAGUGUCCAGGAAUCGGCGGUGGAUGGCGUGGAGACGGCCAAGCAGCGCAAGGACAUCUUCAAUCUGGGCACCAGCUUCAAGUUGGCCAGCAAUCAAACGUAUCCCCUGGAUCAGGGCGACGAGCUGCCGUGGCAGCCCAUUCUGGUGGGCAACUCGCUGGACAACGAGACCACCGAGGCGGUGGAGUCCAGUCGAAGUCUCUCCGAUUCGGAGGGCGGCGAGAUCUUUGAGCCGGUGCUCAAGGAUCGUCGGCUGGCGGUGAACAGGGGUCGCAAUCUGCAGGAUUCGGGAUAUGCAGGAGGAGCACAGACCACCGACAGUCCGGAGAUUGUGGAGCCCGUUCUGAAGGCCACCACGCCGCGUGUCAAGCAGGGCAAGGAUCUGGAUUUGUCGGAAGGUGAUGGAGGCAUGGCCACAACACAACGACUGCCGGCCAAAACGAUGACCCAGGUGGGCACUGGACGAUCCCCGGAUCCGGAUGAACCGCAAACCGUGCAGCUGUUGCCUUUUCGCCUCGGCGAACUCCUUCAGCGUGCCGAGCGAUAUGCAAGGGAAACGCUUUUGCCCCUGAUUUCCGUUCAGGCACCGCGCUUCUUCGGCUUCAAUGUAACGCCCCACGAUCGGGAGGCAGUGCAGCGUCCGGGGGAGUCGCGCAAGCCGCGCUACAUUCCACGUUACGAGGAGUCGGCCUUCUUGAAUACCACCGCUCCCAAUGCCAGGCGACGGGCGCAGAAGGCCUCGCGUCGAUCGGCAGUGCAGCAGAGGAAUCUCUUUCGACUGAUGCGUUCGCGAUCGCAGAAGGAUCAGGAUCAGGAGCAGGAUGAGGACCAGGACUCGGGGGAGCAGCAGAACUACUACACCAAUGUCCUGCAAUCGGAGUCCAGGUCUAUGCGUCCCGAGACGCCGGAAUAUAGACCCGUAUUCAUCGAUCUACCCACCUACAAGCCGCAAACAUCCGCUGCCAUUUCCGGUUCCGUUUCGAGGGCACGAAGGCGUGGCAGAUCGUCCAAGCUGAUUCCCUGAUACUCGGAUAUCUAAGCUGUCCCGCCAUCGGGGGAUGAACACUUUGUGAUAUGCACACCAGAUCGUGGCUAUGGCACAGCUCCAAAACCCAAAA